UGCCGUGGCCAAAAAGGAUUUCCGAGCUGGUGGCCUGCGUCAGUUUGUAACGGAAUUCCACGCGCGACGGAACAGAGAACAAAACAAAAAACGGAAUCAGACACAAAAAGCGAACUCGAACGCUACCGCUACCGCGACCGCUCGUACGUAUACGUAAUGCUGACGCUGCGCGCUAUUUCGGAAUCAUAGCAGCAUAUGCUUCGCUGAAGACGAAAUCCACGGAUUUUCGCACAAUGGAAUAUGUGGAGGGCAAUCAGCAACAGUGAAAUGAAUAAAUUACGCGAAAAUAAAAUCAAUUUGCAUUAAGAACCGGGGAGACGAGCUAAGAAACCCACGGACGGACCCUGCCAUCCAAACAUCCAUCCAUUCAGCAACUGACAGCCAUUUGAAGGACGAACAAGGCGCUGUCCCGAAGCCCAUGAACUGGGUGGCGGGCAAAUUAUAUUACCUUGUCAGGCGAGUGACAUAAGGCAGACCUCUUGGAAAGGCCAGACUGACACCACCACACCCCCACACCUUCACACACCUAAUGCAUGUGUGGAGAUUCCAUUAAAGCGGUGGGUGGGUGGAACUGGAGCAGCCACAAGGUGGGCCGCUGAACCGCUGAACCGCUGGGGUCACGUCUUGGGUUACAACGAAAUCCGGCGGAAUGCUACGCAGUUGCGUAUGCCUGCGCACCGACGAGGCCGGGAAGCGGCGCAGCUCCUCCGUCGAAGACGCCUCCUCAUGCCGCUCGUCGGAAAUAGAGCGGGUGGGGGCCAGCAUGCAGACACUGGGCCCCAAUGGCCAGCCGCAGGCCUCCUCCGCCCAGACGAGCACCAGGGCCUCCAGUCUGCUGCAGCUCUUCCAGCGGCGAGGUUGGUGCAAGCACUUCCGCAAGCCGCUCCGUGGCAUGAGCGCCUCUCGGGCCGAAAAGACCAUUCGAGCGGCAAUAUUUAUCCAGAAAUGGUAUCGCAGACAUCAGGCUCGUCGCGAAAUGCAGAGGCGUUGCAACUGGCAAAUCUUCCAGAACCUGGAGUAUGCCAGCGAACAGGACCAGGCUGAGCUAUACAAAUUUUUCAAUGACCUCAUUAAGCACAUGCCCCAGGCGGCGGGCAGGAAGAAUCAAAACCAAGGAUCGACUCAUGUUUCAAUACUCGAUGAAAAGGAUGAGUUAGUGGAGGAGUUUGGGGAUAUCGUGAAUGCCAAAAUAGAGUUGCCAAUAAGAAAGAAUCAUAUCGAUCUGUUGAUUGAUGUCUUCCGCAAGAAGAGAGGAAAUCGAUUACAUCCCAAAUAUGUGGCUUUAAUCCUACGCGAAGCUGCCAAAUCCUUGAAGCAGCUGCCAAAUAUAUCCCCAGUCUCCACAGCUGUUUCUCAGCAGGUGACUGUCUGCGGGGAUCUCCAUGGAAAAUUAGACGAUCUUCUUGUGGUGCUACAUAAGAACGGUCUUCCCUCCUCUUCCAAUCCCUAUGUGUUCAAUGGGGAUUUUGUGGACCGUGGAAAGCGUGGCCUUGAGGUCCUUUUAUUGCUGCUUUCCCUCUACUUGGCUUUUCCUCAGGCUGUUUUCCUGAAUCGGGGCAAUCACGAGGAUAGUGUUAUGAACGCCCGCUAUGGAUUUAUUCGGGAGGUGGAGAGUAAAUAUCCUCGGAAUCACAAACGCAUUUUGGCCUUUAUCGAUGAGGUCUAUAGAUGGCUGCCCUUGGGCUCGGUUCUCAACAGUAGGGUUUUAAUCGUUCAUGGAGGCUUUUCGGACAGCACAAGUCUGGAUCUAAUAAAAAGUAUUGACCGUGGCAAAUACGUCUCUAUUCUACGGCCACCGCUUACAGAUGGAGAACCUUUGGACAAAACCGAAUGGCAGCAGAUCUUUGACAUUAUGUGGAGUGAUCCGCAGGCCACAAUGGGCUGUGUUCCGAACACCCUGCGAGGUGCUGGCGUGUGGUUUGGUCCUGAUGUGACCGAGAACUUCCUGCAGAAACAUCGACUCAGCUACGUCAUUCGAUCCCAUGAGUGUAAACCAAACGGUCAUGAAUUCAUGCACGAUAAUAAGGUCAUCACAAUUUUUUCGGCCUCCAAUUACUAUGCCAUUGGCUCCAACAAGGGCGCCUAUAUCCGUCUCAACAAUCAGUUAAUGCCCCACUUCGUACAGUAUAUAUCGGCGGCAUCGCAAACCAAGCGAUUAUCCUUCAAACAGCGAAUGGGAAUUGUGGAGAGUUCGGCCCUCAAGGAGCUGGCGGUGCGUAUGCGUGAUCAUCGGGACGAAUUGGAGGACGAGUUCCGGAGGUGUGAUCCCAAGGACAGUGGCAGCAUAUCCAUUACGAAUUGGUGUGUGGUAAUGGAAAAGGUCACCAAGCUUGGUCUACCCUGGCGACUGCUUCGAGAUAAGUUGGCUCCGGGAACAGAUAGCCAAAAGGUCAGCUAUUACAGGACAUUGGACUUAUUGGAUACGGAUGUGAUUCUUGAAGCCGAGGCCGAUGGCACUUCUGUGAUGGACGCUUUAUAUGCCAACAAGGCCAGCUUAGUGGCGAUUUUUAACAUCAUAGAUGCCGACAACUCUGGUGAAAUAACCCUUGAUGAGUUUGAAACUGCAAUCGAUUUGCUGGUGGCCCAUAUGCCAGGUGCCUAUUCCAAGGCAGCCAUGCUGGAGAAGUGUCGCAUGAUGGAUCUGAAUGGCGAUGGCAAGGUGGAUCUCAAUGAAUUUCUGGAGGCAUUCCGGCUGAGCGAUUUGCACCGCAAGGAGCAGCAGGACGAGAACAUAAGAAGGCGAUCCACGGGCCGGCCAUCGCUGGCCAAAACCGGAUCCGAUGCCGUUGCUCUUUUGGCAGACAAGAUCUCAAAGAAUACGCUAGUCGUGGAGCAUGACAUUGAUCCCACGGACUGUGAGGCCAAAGUAAUUGAUCCGAAAAAAUCGUAAAUUAAUAUUACAUUUGUUCACGAGGAGCAUUUAAAGCACAUUCGCAUUAAACUUAUUAAAGUCAUCAAAAAAGAGGCAAACCUAUCCAUUAAAAACCAAAGAUUUAAGACGAAUUAAUGACUAAUUUAAAUAAUAAUGAGAUCUCUGCGAAAGCAAAAGUCUAGUCUAUCGGCCAUUCCGUUACGCUUUUGAUUUAAUAUAAUAAAUAAUUAACUAAAUAAUAUAAUCGUACUAUGCACUCCUCUACAAGCUUUAUUCACAUCUAACAAAAAUAUGUGUAAAUUGAAAAAAAUAAACUAAGAAUGUUAUAAAGUACAAAACCAAAAUAUAAUGUUAAAAACUCAUAUAAAAAUGAUGUUUAAAUUGAAAAAUAAACAUAUGGAAUAUACAUAUUUUGCAGUUUAUCAAACUAACAAAGUUGAAGUCCAAGGGAUCAAAAUUAACUUUUAUAAUUGCCUACGGCUUUUCUACAAUUUUAUAAGAGAAAAAAAUAAAAACUACAAAACUGUAUAAAACUUUAAAAAGACAUUUCCCCUUUUUCAUACAAAACUAACAAGAAUGUGCUAUUCUACCGAAAUCUACAAUGCAAUUGUUAAUUAGAAAAAAAUAUUUUUAGGCAAUAUUAACAUACACAUAAUCAUGAUAAAAUGUCAUGCACAUAAUGCCAAGAAGUUUCAUUAAAUAGAAUGCUUUUGAACAACCUGAUAUAAUAUUAUAUUUCUAGUUAUUAGGCCCGUUGAUAGCAAUAUUAUAAAUCAGAUAUAAAAAAA